AUGCACAUCGGUGCCAUCGUUGCGGCUCUGGCAGCUGCCGUGGUCCUGAUCGUGAAAUCACCUGCCGCUCGCAGAAUUCUGGAUGUCUUACUAAACGCGAUAGUGUCAAGACUCCACUUCAUCCCUAGCAUUGAGGAUGGAAAGAACAUCAGGGGCCCUGCCUACAAAUUCCCAAAUGGCAACACGAAGGACAAGUUUCUUCGUGGAAGGGAGAAUUCGUAUGCGUGGAACGAAAAGUACGGCAGCAUCUACCGAAUCUGGGCCGGAUCAACCCCAGAAGUGGUGCUCACCGACCCCAAAGACGUGCAGGCUCUAUACAGCCAUGCCUCCAACCACACCAAAGACAAGACCGCAAACAUCGGCUGGCUCUUCAGCCAGCUCCUCGGCGAAGCCAUCGGCCUCAUCAACGGCAACCGCUGGACCAAGCUCCGCAAAACCCUGGACCCCAUGUUCUCGCACAAGCAAUCCCUGCAAUACCUCGACUCCUUCAACGACUCCGCCACCACCUACUGCAAGAACCUGGACCAGUACGCCGUCGAUCGCAGCAGCAGCGACAAACAGCACUUCACCGUCAACGCCUCGCACGCGCUGAUGCGCUUCCCCUACUACGAGGUCGCCAAGCUCUUCUUCACCGACCUCAACCAGCACGAGGUCGACCGCCUGUGGGACCUCGGCCAGCUCUUCACCGCCGUCUUCGCCGGCGCCAUCGACGGCGGCAUCAACCGCUCGCCCCUCGCCAAGUGGCUGAACCUGCCGUCGUGGCAGCGCGCAAGGGACUACAUCGAGCAGUGGGAGGCCUUUACGCGCGAGGCCGUCCAGCGCCGCGUCGAGGCUGGGAUUCAGGACCCGCUGGUGUCGCUGUGGCAGAGCGCCGAGGCGGGCGAGAUUGAUAAGCAGGAGGUGCUGCAUACGCUGGCCGAGUCGCUGUUUGCGAAUCUGGACGUGACGACGCACGUCAUUUCGUCCUGUGUCAUCUUGCUCGCCGACAACGCCAAUGUCCAAGCAGACCUCCGCGCCGAGUUCGCCGCCCACGCCUACGACGUCAACGGCUACCUCGGCAAGCGCGACACUCUGCUGCACUACUGCCUGCUCGAGUCGCUGCGCCUGCAGCCCGUCCCGGCCUUCACCCUGCCUGACAAGCCGCCGCGCGAGCGCAUCGUUGCUGGCUACCGCAUUCCGAAAGAUACCACUAUCCUGAUUGACUCGUACGCCAUCAAUAUCCGCAAUCCCUUCUGGGGCCCCGACAGCCGCGUGUACCGCCCGAGCCGCUUCGCGAAGAUUCCACCGCAGCAGCUGAGGUAUAAUUUGACCACGUUUGGGUACGGGUCGCGGAAGUGUCUAGGCUACAAUGUCGGUGAUAAGAUGGUGCAUGCACUAGUGUACCAGCUGUUCAGCCAAUACGAAGUCUCAGUGAGGCCGAAUAUGAAGCAGAAGAACGACGAGCAGUUCAACAGAGACAAGAGUAACUGGCUGGCGUUGUAUGAUGUUGAGCUGGAUAUGAAGAGACGAGUUUAG